UAAUGAUCUCAUUUAUGUUUGAAAGCUAUGCCCGGCCUACGAAAAGCACAGAGGUCAUGGUGAUGCAGGAGCAAGGCACUAAGAUGUAUGUAGAUGCAGUCCUGAAAACCAAUGAGCGUAUUGUUCAGAUCAGUGAAAUGAAGGCAACACUUUUUCCCAUAUUUAUGGACGUUGUUCUGAAGAACCAGCCUGAGGGGGUGCGAUUCUGUGUAAAGCAGCACUCGGAUACAGAUUUUCAAGCAUGGUUCAAGACAAGAUCUGAGCUUGAGGGACUUCUUGCAAAAAUUAAUAAUUAAUAAA